AUGACAAAAAGAGAAAAACAAAACGAACAUAAUGAUCUAGAAGAACAAUCAAUCUUCUAUGCGUCAAAACAAUUGAGACAUCCGAGUGCUACAUCAACUAAACAUUUGGUUCUUUAUAUUAAUAGUAUUGACAUGAUAUUUGGAGUUUUAUCCAUUGUAGCCUGUCUCUCAUUAGUUCAUGUUGCAAAUCCUUUCGUUACGAAUAUAUCAUAUGUUGCAAAUAAUGGUACCCAAUCAAGAUUGAUGGUAACUAAUUUAGCUACAAUCCUACGCAAUGCUGGUCUUAAGGUCGUAGAAGUUAGUGGUUGGACGACGCGUGGUCAUGGGCAAAUGACUUCUGUAAAGAGUAUUAUUGUUCAUCAUACGGCUGGUCCAGCAAGUGGCGAUAUGCCUUCCUUGAACUUUAUUCGUGAUGGUAGUUCGAGUCUUCGUGGUCCACUCUCACAACUUGCAUUAGGUCGUACCGGUACAUGGUAUGUCGUUGCAGCAGGUCUUUGUUACCAUGCUGGUGUAGUUACUGAUUCAUCGUUAUAUUCAAAUGCCAAUGCAAUUGGUAUUGAAGCUGAAGGUACAGGUGUUCCAGCUAGCAAUGUUGGACAUGCACAUUGGCCCGAAGUACAAUGGCAAAGUUAUGUACGUGUGUUCGAGCACUCAAGAAUGCUUUUAAUAUUUUGUAAUUCAAGUGUUAAGAGAUACAAGGAGAUCGCAUCACUCUUAGGUCGUAAGAUCGAUCCUAAAUUCUUCAUCGAUGAAUCCCAUGCUGCUCUCUUAAACGAUUCAGUUGAAUAAUUUUAUUCUUUUUCCUUUGUUUUUUUGGACGAUGGUAUUCUAAAUAAAAAAAUAUUUAUUGCUCUUAUCCAAUCUUUGUUUAUAGCUUGAACCAAUAGCUGCUA